AUGUGUCAGGUUUCUUCACGAUUUUAUUACUCCUUUGUGCCCUUUCUUGAGCAGUCGGAGUAUAGGAGCUCUAGGGAGACAGAAUGAGCAGUAAAGAAAGCUAAACUCCAAGGACCACCAGAUAAAUUCAAUACCUAUGUGACCCUGAAAGUGCAAAAUGUGAAGAGCACGACGGUAGCUGUGCGAGGUGACCAACCCUGCUGGGAACAGGACUUCAUGUUUGAGAUCAGUCGGCUGGACCUGGGCCUAAUUGUUGAAGUAUGGAACAAAGGACUGAUCUGGGACACGCUGGUUGGGACCGUGUGGAUUGCUCUGAAGGCCAUUCACCAAUCUGAUGAGGAAGGUCCUGGGGAGUGGUCUACACUGGAGGCAGAAGUUGUAAUGAAACAUGAUGAAAUCUGUGGAACCAAAAACCCAACUCCUCAUAAAAUUUUGCUGGACACAAGAUUCGAAUUACCUUUUGAUAUCCCUGAAGAAGAGGCCAGAUACUGGACCAGAAAAUUAGAACAAAUAAAUUCACUGGGAGAUGAUGAGUAUUCCUUUCAGAAGGAAGUCCAGAAGAAACCAUUGCCCAGUGCUGCCUCCCAGUGUUCCUUUGAAGAUGCUGACAGUGCUGUGGAUGACCGAGAUAGUGACUAUCGCAGUGAGACAAGUAACAGCAUUCCUCCUCCGUACCACACGACUGCACAGCCCAAUGCCUCUGUGCACCAGUUCACUGUACCAUCACGCCUGCAGCAGCAAGGGGUCUUGCGGGAAUCCUGUGCUGACUCCCUACAAAAUUAUGAUCUGGAUUAUCGGGAGCAUGUGGCCAUCAGGCGAUAUGAUAGCAUAGAUUCCACUGUGAGUGGCCGAACUGACCUAGAGUCCACAUCUGAGUCUAGUCAAAUGACAAGCCGCCAGCGCUCUCUGGAGAGCAGGCGCUCUCUAGAUCUGUCUGAUAGUCCUGCUGGCAGUAGUAGAUAUGGCUCCUCUUGUAAUGUCAGCCAGGGAAGCUCUCAUCUAAGUGAGCUGGACCAUUCCCAUGAAAGUGCCCAUGGCUCUGAGCAAGAUGAUGAUCACCAGGAAAGGGAGUCGAAUCAUUCCUAUCACAGUUCGGGCAGCUACCAGAAGGAUGGUCAGGCAUGGCUCAGGGAGCAAGAGGAGCCUCAUGGCAAAGGAGAGGAGGAGGAGGUCUGCAAGACAGAGGAGAAACGUGCAGACCAUUCUGCAGCUGAGUUAGCUCUGGAACUUGAGAAGCCCAAGGAUGUUGAUACAGGUGCCCAAACGAGCUAUGAUGGUGACAGUGAGCCAGCACCAUUUCCUCCAGCAAGAGCCCAUUGGAUUAGAGCCAUUAGCAAAGUUCGACUGCGGCUUCAAGAGGGUCAAGAUGAGGCUGAUCCAUCAAAACCACCCUGGCUCAAAGGAGGGCCUGCAGGUGGUCUCUAUGGCAUUGAUAGUAUGCCCGAUCUACGCAAAAAAAAGCCAAUUCCACUUGUCAGUGAUCUGGCCAUGUCACUGGUUCAGUCCCGGAAAGCCGGAAUUACCUCAGCAAUGGCCACUAGAACAUCUCUCAAAGAUGAAGAGCUGAAAUCUCAUGUCUAUAAGAAGACCUUGCAAGCCUUAAUUUACCCCAUCUCUUGUACAACCCCACACAACUUCGAAGUGUGGACAGCCACAACUCCUACCUACUGCUACGAAUGUGAGGGGCUGCUGUGGGGUAUUGCACGGCAGGGAAUGCGCUGCGGUGAAUGUGGAGUCAAGUGCCAUGAGAAGUGCCAAGACUUGCUCAAUGCUGACUGCUUACAGAGAGCAGCAGAGAAGAGCUCGAAGCAUGGAGCUGAAGACCGAACCCAGAAUUUCAUCAUGGCCAUGAAGGAUCGCAUGAAAAUCCGGGAGCGGAACAAACCAGAGAUCUUUGACUUGAUCAGAGAUGUGUUCUGUGAGAGCAAAUUGACACAUGCUCAGCAGAUGAAGACAGUGAAGCAGAGCGUCCUUGAUGGCACCUCAAAAUGGUCAGCAAAGAUCACAAUCACGGUGGUAUGUGCUCAGGGUCUGCAAGCCAAAGACAAGACUGGGUCCAGCGAUCCGUACGUAACCGUUCAAGUGGGUAAAACAAAGAAGAGGACAAAAACGAUUUUUGGGAAUCUGAACCCUGUUUGGGAAGAGAAGUUUUACUUUGAGUGCCAUAAUUCUUCUGACCGCAUCAAGGUGCGAGUGUGGGAUGAAGAUGAUGACAUCAAGUCUCGCGUCAAGCAGAGACUGAAACGCGAGUCGGAUGAUUUCCUGGGGCAGACAAUCAUUGAAGUCCGUACUCUGAGUGGAGAAAUGGAUGUGUGGUACAACCUUGAGAAGCGAACAGAUAAGUCUGCAGUGUCUGGGGCUAUUCGCCUGCAAAUCAGCGUGGAGAUCAAAGGCGAGGAGAAGGUGGCUCCGUAUCAUAUUCAGUACACUUGCCUUCAUGAGAACCUUUUCCACCAUCUCACAGAUGUGCAAGGGAGUGGGGUGGUGAAGAUCCCUGAUGCCAAAGGAGAUGAUGCCUGGAAGGUCUAUUUUGAUGAGACAGCACAAGAGAUCGUGGAUGAAUUCGCAAUGCGUUACGGCAUUGAAUCAAUAUACCAAGCCAUGACGCAUUUCGCAUGUCUGUCCUCUAAAUACAUGUGCCCAGGCGUACCAGCUGUGAUGAGCACCUUACUUGCCAAUAUCAAUGCUUAUUAUGCGCACACCACUGCCUCCACAAAUGUGUCUGCUUCGGACCGCUUUGCAGCCUCCAAUUUUGGGAAAGAACGAUUUGUGAAGCUUCUGGACCAGCUUCAUAACUCACUUCGGAUUGAUCUCUCAAUGUACAGGAACAACUUCCCAGCCAGCAGCCGCGAAAGGCUGCAGGACCUGAAGUCUACAGUGGAUUUGCUGACAAGCAUCACUUUUUUCAGGAUGAAGGUCCAAGAGCUGCAGAGUCCACCCCGAGCCAGCCAGGUAGUGAAGGACUGUGUAAAAGCUUGCCUCAACUCCACCUAUGAGUACAUUUUCAACAAUUGUCAUGAGCUGUACAGUCGCGAGUACCAGACAGAUCCUAACAAAAAUCAGGACCUUCCUCCUGAGGAACAGGGCCCCAGCAUCAGAAACCUGGAUUUCUGGCCCAAGCUCAUCACUUUGAUAGUUUCCAUCAUAGAAGAGGAUAAGAAUUCUUAUACUCCAGUCCUGAAUCAGUUUCCUCAGGAGCUCGCUGUUGGGAAGAUCAGCGCAGAGGUGAUGUGGAGUCUUUUUGCCCAGGAUAUGAAAUAUGCCAUGGAAGAGCAUGAGAAACACAGACUGUGUAAAAGUGCAGACUAUAUGAAUUUACACUUCAAAGUGAAAUGGCUGUACAAUGAAUAUGUUCGUGAUCUGCCUGCCUUCAAGGGGAAAGUGCCUGAAUAUCCAGCGUGGUUUGAGCAGUUUGUGAUGCAGUGGCUGGACGAAAAUGAAGAUGUUUCUUUAGAAUUCCUGCAUGGUGCUCUGGAGAGAGAUAAAAAAGAUGGGUUCCAGCAAACAUCCGAGCAUGCUCUGUUCUCUUGCUCAGUGGUGGAUGUCUUCACCCAGCUCAAUCAGAGCUUUGAGAUCAUUAAGAAGCUGGAGUGCCCAGACCCUGUCAUUGUUGCUCAUUAUAAUAGGAGGUUUGCUAAGACUAUUGGGAAAGUGCUAAUGCAGUAUGCUGACAUCCUCUCCAAGAGCUUCCAGUCCUACUGUUCUAAGGAGAAACUGCCGUGCAUCCUGAUGAAUAACAUCCAACAGCUGAGGGUGCAGCUAGAGAAGAUGUUUGAAGCCAUGGGUGGUAAAGAGUUGGAUGCAGAAGCAAGUGACCAUCUCAAAGAGCUCCAGGUGAAGCUGAACAAUGUUUUGGAUGAGCUGAGUACUGUGUUUGGUAACAGCUUUCAGGCUCGUAUUGAUGAGUGCGUCAAGCAAAUGUCUGACAUCCUCUGUCAAGUGAAAGGGACAGGAAAUGUUGCUGCUAACGCCAGAAACACGGUUGCACAAGAUGCAGAUAAUGUCCUGAGACCAUUGAUGGAUUUCCUGGAUGGAAACCUGACACUGUUUGCGACUGUGUGUGAAAAGACAGUGUUGAAACGGGUGCUGAAAGAGCUCUGGAGGGUGGUGAUGAAUACCAUGGAGAAGCUGAUUGUGCUGCCUCCUCUUACAGACCAUACGGGCACACAGUUGAUUUUCAGUGCUGCUAAGGAACUGGGACACUUGUCAAAGUUGAAGGAUCAUAUGGUGAGAGAAGAAACUAGGAGUCUCACUCCAAAGCAGUGUGCUGUUUUGGAUCUGGCACUGGAUACGAUCAAACAAUAUUUCCAUGCUGGUGGGAACGGUCUGAAGAAAACCUUCUUGGAGAAGAGUCCAGACCUGCAGUCACUUCGAUAUGCUCUCUCUCUCUACACUCAGACCACAGACACUCUCAUCAAAACCUUCGUCCAGACUCAGACAGCUCAGGGCUCUGGUGUGGAUGAUCCUGUGGGUGAAGUGUCCAUACAGAUCGACCUGUAUACCCACCCAGGAACUGGUGAACACAAGGUCACAGUGAAAGUUGUGGCAGCCAACGACCUGAAGUGGCAAACGUCCGGCAUGUUCCGUCCAUUCGUUGAAAUCACCAUGAUUGGGCCCCAUCAGAGUGACAAGAAGAGGAAGUUCACAACCAAGUCAAAGAGCAACAACUGGGCUCCCAAAUACAAUGAAACCUUUCACUUCAUACUGGGGAAUGAAGAUGGCCCUGAUGCCUACGAGCUCCAAGUCUGCGUGAAGGACUACUGCUUUGCUCGGGAAGACCGGGUACUGGGGAUAGCAGUAAUGCAGCUCAGAGACAUAGCAGACAAAGGAAGCUGUGCUUGCUGGUGCCCCCUCGGGCGCAGGAUUCAAAUGGAUGAGACUGGACUUACAGUCCUGAGGAUUCUCUCUCAAAGAACCAAUGAUGAAGUUGCCAGAGAAUUUGUGAAGUUGAAAUCUGAGUCCCGCUCCACGGAGGAGGGCACCUGA